AUGGAUAGGAGAACAAGUACUAUAGGCGCCAUUGCCAAGGCGAAGGCCGGCGACGACGACACGAAGAAGCCCACGACUGCUUCCUCGAGGUUGAGCAGCGCGACCAAGCCGACAGCGUCGACUGCAAGUAGGACGAAUCCAUCGACGCCCCGGACGACAUCUACCGCAGCUGCUCCGAAGUUGCCUUCUGCAGCAACUCGACCUACUUCCACGACACUGCGCCGCACGACCAAGGAUAGCGACGAUGCCAAGUCCACCCCCAGCGAUGCUCGAUCGACGACAUCCAGCACGCGACCGCCCAAGCUAGAAACUGCUGCGGACAAGAGCAGACGGACCACGCUGGGAGGCACCGGGACUGCCUCUACCACUGCAGGAGCGGCGUCGAAGCGUCUGUCCAGCGUGACUGCGCGGCCGAGUGCAUCAAGUAGCCCAGCAGCCCGGCCUCGAUCCACCAUAGCGCCCGCUGCCGCAGCGAAGCCUGUCGCAGCCCCCGUCACGCCAGCCGGCAAUGGCGUCAAUACCACCAGCAUCACUUCGCCGGGAGUCAUAUCGCCUGCGCGCAGCACCCCGAGCUCGGUGCGGCCAGUGUCGCGAGACACGAUCCCAGAGGAUGAUGUGGUCGAUGGAGCGCCACGCUUGCUACCAGCCGCCGAGAUCAGCGGAAGCUCCUCUCCGCGCUCGCCCAGGAAGAUAGAAAUCCGCUCAACACCAAUGCUGAAGCCGCAGGCAUCUUCCGAUGCAGAAAAUGAGAAACGCCCAAGACCUAUCAUCCGUCGAGGUGAACAUAAUCGGGCACAGUCGGUGAGCGUCACCAAGCCUCUGACUGUGCCAAGAAAUACAGCUUCUGAGCGGGAGCAGAAUGCGCGCGAGAUGGAGGUUAUGCAGAAUCUCCUGCGAGAGAGCAUUGCCCGGGAUACCAUGGCUGCUGAGAUCAGGGACCUGCAAGGAGAAAUCGCCAGGCUGGAAAGACAGAAUAAGCAACUCAGUGAGGCUAAGACGGAUGACAAAGACCUAGCAGCUCGUCUGCGCACUGUCGAAGAUGAGCUGAAAGCGGCACGCGACAAGUCGCAGAAAGAGCUGGGAGAGGCCGCAAGAGCGAAGAAGGAUGCCGAAGCCUCAUUGAAGAGGAUGCAGGACGAAAUGGACCACUUUCAAGAGGAGAUGGCUGUACUCAACACUGCACGGGAUGACUUUGAGCAGCAGGUCGAAGAGCAAAGGUCGGCUGCCAAUACUGCGAAGCAAGAGCUGGACACGAAGCAGCGGCAAAUAGAUGCGCUGACGAGUGCAGCAGCGGCCAGUGGAAGAGAAGCAGGAGAGUUGAGUGAGCUGCAAACAAGGCUGGAGCACGUCCAGCAAGAGCUCAAAGAAGCACGAGCGGCCACAGAGACAUCGGAGGACGAGAAAGAGGCUCUUCAACGGCAACUCGAGCAAACUCAAAAGGACAUAGAUGAGAUUCGGCAAAACGCAGCACGUCAGGACGAGUCCGGCACCACAACUCAAGCAGAAAUCGAUCAGCUAAAGCAGGAACUCAAGGAAGCAAAAGCCGCAGCUGACGUCUCAGAAGACGAGAAAGAGACCUUGCAGAAGCAACUUGAGCGGACGGAGAAGGACUUGAGCGAGCUGAAACAGAAAGCCGCAGAUCACGACGAGACGACCGCUGCAUCGCAUACAGAAGUCACCGAGCUCAAGCGGGAGCUCGAGGGGCUGAAGGCGUCUUCUGCAUCCGCGCUCGAGGAAAAGCAGACGAUCCAGGAGAAGCUGGAAGAAGCCCAGAGAAAGAUUCACGACCUCACCGAAACGGGAUCAGCUGCGGAAUCCACGAGCCGCGAUGUGCAGGCCAGAAUCGAAGCUCUCGAGGUGGAAAGAUCAGCUUUUGACGAAGUGAGGACAACACUGGAGGCUAAGCUCGCAGAGUCACGGGAAGCUCUAGAGGAGUUCAAGAAUACCAAGCAUGAAGAGAACACAGCUUUGCAGGCCGAGACUGAAAGUAUGAAAGAACAGCUGCGGAAAGCGACAAACGAUGCAAAUGAGGACUUCGCGUUGCUUGAGCAGUCCCGCAAGGAGGUGGAAGAGCUAAAGGCUUCUGCGGCCUCAAGCGCUGAGAAGCUUGCAGACUCAGAUGCGCAGAUCGAGCGACUCCACGAGCAGCUCACGAAAAUGGGCGAGGAAGCGAGCUCCCAUGUUAGUAAAGAGAAGGAAGAUGUUCAAGCCAAGCUUGAGCAGUCACGGAAGGAGAUUGCAGAGCUCAAAUUUGCGGCAACAGCUGACCUCGAGAGUCAGAUCGCAGCCAUCGCGGAAGCUCAAGAGCUACGAGAUCAGCUUGUUGAGGCCCAGGCAUCUGCAACGGACGCUUUGGACAUUGGAGAGCGGACCCAAAGUGAACUUUCGAAACUUCGGCGCGAACUCGAAGAAUCCAAGAAAGCCGACACGCUGAAUGUGCAAUUACAGGAGCAGCUCGAGCAAGCACAGACUGAGUUGCAGACGCUGAAAAGCUCUGCUGAAGAUUCCGAGAAGUCCAGUCGCUCGUUACGAGAAGACAUUGAGCAUUCUGGGAAAGAGAUCGAGUCGCUUAGAAGCUCGCUCGCCACAGCUGAAGAGACAAAUUUGGCUUCCUCACAGACCCCAGAGCGACUUGAUGCCGUACUGAAGGAGUUGGACGAAAGUAGAAAUGAAGCAGAAGAGGCCGCGCUGUCAUCGAAAGCCCUGAAGGACGAGAUCGACCAGACAAAGAUUUUACUGCAAGAAUCUCAAGCUGCUGCUGUCGCAGCUGAAGGAACGAAUAAAUCUUUGCAGCAAGAGCUCGACUCAUUGCGAGAAGAGGCGAACACCCUCAAAGCAUCCAGUAGCGAUGCAUCCGAGGCAGCUGAACGACUCCAGGCACUCCAAGAUCAGCUCAAGAAGUCACGCGCAGAGGUCGAGCAGGCCAAUUCGUUCAGAGAAGACAAUGCUGCCCUGCUGAAAGAGUUGCAAGAAAAGGCCAGUGCAUACGACACGGAGAAGUCCGGCUGGACGACCACCGAGGACGAGCUCAACAAAGAAGUAGCGAAACUCCAACAACUCCUAGCUGAACAGCGGGAUGCGUCCGCCGCUGCAGCAAACGAGGCGGAUGAAAACUUCAAGACUGAGGCGGAAAGCAUCAAAAAGGAUCUAGAAGCCUCCCGGGCUGAAGUUGAGGAAGGAAAGCUUGCGUUACGGAAAGAAAAGUCCGCUCAUGAAGAAGCCACCGCUGCGCUCGCAACAGCGCAGGAGGAGCUUCAAAGUGCAAAGUCAAUGAAGGAAACUUCGGACAGCAGUGCAUCUGACAGCAGAGCAGCACUUCAGCAAGCUCACGAUGCGCUGCAGGUCCGCUUGGCGGAACAGGAUGCUGAGAUGGAAGAGCUGAAGUCCCAGCUGGCAGGUCUGCAAGAAGAUGAAAGCUCUCUGCGUGAGGACAAAGAUAAUUUCGAACAGCAAGCCAGAGAACGGGAAGGCCGCAUUGCGCAUCUCGAAAGUGAGAAAGAAGAGAUCGAAGAGUCGCUGGCACAUGCACAGUAUGAGCUCAAAGGUUUGCAGGACGCUCUUCCGAUGUUCGAGGAAGCUCAAAAGCAGAAGAAUAGCCGCAUCGCCAGCCUCGAGGAACAGAACAAUCACGCAGAAGAAGCCUUAUCCCGUGCACGAGAAGAGCUUGAGCGUGUACAGAAUCUGGAACGGCUGUUCCGAGAAGACGCGCAAGAAAAGGACGACACUAUUGCGUAUCUGGCAGCCGAAAAGCGCGGCUUGGAAGAAGAGCUUGAUCGCGUACAGGACACCAUGCGCGCCUCUUCCAGAGAGCUCGAUGCGCGUGAAGCAAACAUUUCCAGACAGCUGAAUGAGCUCAACAUGCAGCAUAAUCGCGAAAUGGAAGAGGAGGCGCAGAAGCAUGAGGCGACGCAACGCGAGCUUCAGAAUGCCCUAUACCAGAUGAAGGAGCACGAGUACCGUCGACGUGACGCUGAAGAAGCCUUAUUCCGCAGCAGUCAAGAGCUACAGCAACUACACAGUGGUCUGGAUGCCUCAGCCGGAGUCGAGAAAGAGCACGUCGCUGACCUCGCGUCUUCACUAGCCGUUGCCAAGGGCGAGAAAGCUGUCGCUGAAGAGCAGUUGAUGGCGGUUCAAGCAGAGCUGAGACAACUGCAGAAUGCCCUCAAUGCUUCGAGACAAGAAGCAAAGAUGAAGGACGGUCAUCUCGUUGAGCUUGCAUCGAACCUGUCAGCGGCGAAGAACGAGAAAGCAAUGGCCGAAGAGGCACUCAUCGCCUUCCAGCAGCAACUAAUGCAGAUGCGACAUGCUCAAGCCCAGGCGCGAGUUCAACCGCAACCUCAGAGUGCGACAUUGCAGCCGAUGGAGCGAUUCGAGACUCCAUCUCGUAGUCUGUCCCAUGUCUUCAUCAACAGAGAGAAAACCCCACUGGCCGACAACGAAGAUGAUGACGAUGCACUCGCGACGAACGACAACAACACCGUGACAGUCACAACAUCAGCAGAUGGUAUCGUCAUGGUCUCUACACCGCCCAACGCCGUGGUAGUAGAGCACGAAGCGGAAUCGCCCUCAGUCUCUGACGAUGACCCAUACAACGAAAAUCAAGACAGCUCUCGGGACGCUACUGUUGACGGUGAGAGCCGUGCUGCAAAUGGUCAGCACAGUGUCGCUAGCCUAGACAGCAAUGAGCCUGCGAAAAUCACACUUGAGGGAACACUUGAAAGCUUGAGAGUGCAGACAGAGCAACUGCUAGAGAUCAAUGCUGAUUUUAUUGAGGAGCAGAAGCGCUGGAGCAGGAGGUUGGCGGAAAGUGCGCUGAGAAGGGAAGCGCUGAGGGCGCAGUGA